AGAACUAAUAAAGAAAAUAAUUGUUCUGCUAACGCAAAUUUCUCCAACACAUGGUACAAGGGCGGUAAAUAUUGUUGUGAACUGCGCAUUAAUGUCCAUGCGAGCUUAUCACAGUACAGGUAAUGCUGACCGUUCACUGCAUUCUGCAGUUUGCACACUGAGCCACUGACAUUGGCAGCUUGAUCUGUAUUGCUGUUCCUCACCUGUGAACUGGAAGCUCCGCAUUCCGUGAAAAUUUAGGAUGCUAGGGUGUAAACAAAUUGUAGGUUAAUCACAGAUUAACCAGAGGACCAGCAUCAUACUGAGUUCUUGUGAGUCGAUUACUAUUAAUUCGAUACCUGAAUUUUCCAGACUUGAAAAAUGGAUAAGGAAAAGGCAGCAAAAUUCCUGGACGCUACAUGUCCAAUAGCAUUAUCCAGUGUGUUUCUGCCUCUUUGCAGCGAGCUAUAUAAGUGCAGGGUCCAGUGGUGCGGAGCAGAGAGCAGAGAGCCAAGCUCAUCGCUUGAAGUGAGAUAAUGAGCAGCAGCAACGUGGUGUCCGGCAUCUCCGCGUCACCAUCUGCAGCCGCUGGUGCUCGCCGUCCCCAUGGCGCGGUGAAGCAGCUGAGGAUAAAGGUAGCGCAGCCACAGCAGCUGCUGCACGGCCGCCGCCGGCAAAGCAACGGCAGGGGCAGCGCGGUGGUGGCGAAGGCCGGGCCCGGGGCGCUGUCGGAGAUCGAGCCGGACCUGAACGAGGACCCCAUCGACCGGUGGCGCACCCCCGGCAUCAGCCCGGAGGACUUUGAGUUCGGAAAGUACGAUGGACACCACACCUAUCAUGAAGGCCAUGACAAGAAGGGAUUCUGGGAGGAUGUCUCUGAAUGGUACCAAGAAGCUGAGCCUCCUCAGGGCUUUCAAGCACUCAUCUCCUGGGCAUUUCCUCCUGCAAUCAUCCUUGGCAUGGCUUUCAAUGUACCGGGCGAGUACCUCUAUAUCGGGGCAGGUAUCUGGAUCAUCGUGUUCUGCAUCAUCGAGAUGCAGAAGCCGGACAAGCCGCACAACUUUGAGCCGGAGAUCUACAUGAUGGAGAGGUCGGCUCGCGACAAGCUCAUCGCCGACUACAACUCCAUGGACAUCUGGGACUUCAACGAGAAGUACGGCGAGCUCUGGGACUUCACCGUCAACACCAGGGAAGACAUUGUCAAAUCAAGCUAGAUCGUCAUGUGGCACAAGCCUUCCAAGCAAAUCAAGCAUAGCAUAGCUGCUAGGGAAAAAAAACUCUUGAAUGAAACUAUGAAAGGAAUAACAAUGUGUGUAUCUUCAUGACUGAGGUUCUCAGCCCUGUAAAAACGGAGGACCUGAAAAUCUGUUUUAUCUCCUCACAUAAUUCAUCUAUGUCAGGCAUCUCGCAGAACAUGCUCUGCAGAAUA